AUGACCCAAGCGCAGACACAAAAUGGAAGCUCUGGCCCGAAGAAGCUGCACUUGAUUGGAGUCGGUGUCAGUCACAGCAUUGCACCAAUCAUGCACAACUACAUCUGCAAAUCGCUCAACAAACCAUGGACCUUUGUUGCAACAGAAGCGCCAACAAUCGAGGCAGCGAUCGAACUCAUGACUGCCCCAGACUUUGCUGGCGCCGUCGUCACAAUGCCCUACAANAAGACCGUGAUGUCGCAUCUGGAUGGUCUGGAUUCCCUGGCUGUCAAGCUCGGUGCUUGCAACAAUGUGUAUAUCAGAUCAGAUGGCAAGCUGCAAGGCACAAACACAGAUUGGAGAGGUAUCAAAGGAUGUCUUCUCGCGGCUAGCGACAAAGGCGUUGGUCAACCAGCAAUGAUUGUAGGAGCUGGAGGCGCAAGCCGCGCUGCUGUGUAUGCGUUGGCAGUCGAGCUCAAAUGUCCUGUUCUAUACGUGGUCAAUCGCGAUGAUCAGGAGGUCGAAGACUUGAUUGUCGAUACUCGCGACAUGCUCUCAGCUCCCGGAUCCUCCGAGUCGCUGUGCAAGAUCGUUCACAUCCGAAACCUCGAACAAGCCAGCUCUCUUCCAACACCACACUACAUUGUCGGCACUGUUCCUGACAGUGUACCCGAGACUGAAACUGAGAAGAUGACUAUCAAGAUCUUUGAUCAUUAUCUAGCAGCUGCAAAGGAGCGAGGAGUGUUUCUCGACAUGUGUUUCAAACCAAGAAUCACCAGGAAAAUCAAGCUGGCAAGGAAACAUGGAUGGCAGACAGUUGAGGGCACGGAGAUUAUCGGACAUCAGAUUCAAGAGCAAUAUAGGGUAUGGAUCAGUCCAGAGUCUGACAGCGAAGUCGUCAGUCCACAACUUGCUAGCGAGGCAUGGAACACUCUAAGAGCAGCAGCAGCGGAUAGCAAAGGCAUCAACUUCGAGGUGGAUGAGUUGCAAGUAGUAUAG